CACAAACAUGGCGGCCCUUGGAUUGUGACGUUCUCGGUGACUCUGCCAAGAAAACCCAGCACGGCGUCCCUGUAACAAUGCUAAUAUCAAGGCUAAGGACAUAAUUCGGACCCUAGAUAUGUGUUCUGUGUAUUUAACAUGCUUUUGGUUCAUUCUGGGAGCAUCAUGGCUCGUAGUAAGCGCUUCUGUGAGUGGCUCGUCUGCCAUGACCGAGGAGGAAAGAAUCAAAUUGAAAGACGAGGCGAAGGAGAUGUUUUACCAUGCGUACACAUCAUACAUGGACAACGCCUACCCAGCAGAUGAGUUGAUGCCCCUCAGCUGCAUGCCGCGAUGGAGGGAGGUUGACCAGUCCAGAGGUGACAUUGAUGACACCUUGGGCAAUUUUUCGUUAACGUUGGUCGAUUCCUUGGACACCCUCGUUGUGAUGGGAGACAUCGAGGAGUUCGACCGAGCCCUCCGCCUAGUAGUGCGUGAUGUGUCCUUCGAUAACGAUGUGGUCGUCUCCGUUUUCGAGACCAAUAUCCGCAUGGUCGGCGGGCUACUGUCGGGGCACGUGCUGGCGGAACACCUAAAUCAGCUGUACGGUGCCUUGGGUUGGUAUCGGGGAGAGUUGCUCACACUAGCGAAGGACCUGGCCACAAGACUCCUGCCGGCCUUCAACACCACCACAGGCAUUCCUCACGCAAAGGUCAAUUUAAAGUAUGGGAUGAAGUCUCCCAAACUGCAGAGCUCCCGAGACACCUGUACAGCCUGUGCUGGGACGAUUAUCUUGGAGUUUGCUGCUCUGUCGCGCCUCACGGGGGACCCCAUUUUUGAGGAGAAGGCGCGGCAGGCGAUGGACUGCCUGUGGAGUCAGAGGCACAGAGGCAGUGACCUGGUGGGAACAGUACUUAAUGUUCACUCAGGUGACUGGGUAAGAAGAGACUCUGGAGUGGGUGCCGGCAUCGAUUCUUAUUACGAAUACCUUCUUAAAGCCUACGUGUUGUUGGGGGAUGAAAGCUACUUAGAGAGGUUUAACAAGCAUUAUAGCGCCGUAAUGAAGUACAUCAGCCAAGGUCCAAUGUUGCUUGAUGUCCACAUGCACCGUCCUCACACCACAUCCCGUAACUUUAUGGAUGCCCUCCUCGCCUUCUGGCCGGGACUGCAGGUUUUGAAGGGAGACAUCAAACCAGCAAUAGAGACUCACGAAAUGCUGUUCCAAGUCAUCCAGCGACACAACUUCUUGCCGGAAGCCUUUACAACUGACUUCCAGGUUCAUUGGGGCCAACAUCCACUGCGACCUGAGUUUCUAGAGUCUACAUACCUUUUGUAUCUUGCCACGGACGACCCGUACUACCUGCGCGUCGGGGAACACAUCCUGCGCUCCCUGCAGAAGCACACCUGGGUGCCCUGUGGGUAUGCCGCUGUCAAGGAUGUCAGGACAGGUGUUCAUGAGGACAGGAUGGACUCAUUUGUCUUGUCAGAGACCUUCAAGUAUCUCUACCUACUCUUUGCAAAACCAAGUGACCUGAUUAUUGACGUAGAUCAUUUUAUUUUCACCACUGAGGCUCAUCUUCUGCCUCUCUCCCUAGCACGGCUUUCUAACCUAACAGUUGUACCUGGUCCAGAUCCUCAGGAGAGUGCACAGGAUAGUGAUGUAGAAUAUGCGAGGUCGUGCCCAAAUGCUCACUUUCUCUUUCCUGGACGUCACGAAUUUGCUGAAACAAUAAGACGUCCCCUCAAAAACUUUGUAAAUAACGUCUGUCCUUCACGUAAAACACUGAGGAGAAAGCUGCGGGCAUCGGAGUUCCAGGCGGGGAACAGUCGCCACAUGGGCCUGUUGCGGGACAUGGGCAUCACCAUCAUGGCUCUCCCUGAUGGCCGGGUUCAGCUUCUCCACACUUCCUCUAAUGCCAAAUCAUCAGAUGAUGCCGAGGAGGGCCUGCUGUUCAUGCAAGAGAUGAUCGAGCUGAGCAAACUGCAGCAGGAGCAGCCAGAGAACCCGCCUCGUGUGGUGUCCUUCCAGCAGGAAAUUGAUGGCCAGUCCUUCACAACUACCAUCCAAGCUGGUCCCGCCCAGUUUGGCUUAGACCUGAAAGGGGAUGUUCAGGUGAGAGGAACUGUAGUGAAGGCGGUUCCACUCCGUGCCUGUGAGCAGCCUCAUAACAAAGCUGAAAUAAAGGACAAGAUUGUAAUCAUUGAGCGUGGUGACUGUAUGUUCAUUGAAAAGGCCCGCAGGCUGGAGGCUCUCGGUGCCGUGGGAGGCAUCGUGCUGGACAACACUCCGGGAACAUCUGCCAAAAGUUCCCCAAUGUUUGCCAUGUCUGGGGACGGGACGGACGAUGUGAGCAUUCCUCUUGUGUUCCUCUUCUCUGCUGAUGCUGAAGUUUUGCUGAACGCUGUUGAUAAAAACCCUGAUCUUGAAGCUGUUCUGUCUGAUUUCCCAUACAAAGAGAGUGGCACAGGUUCGGUGGAGGAGGUGCAGCUGGGAGUGAGUUCCACCACUGAUGAUGGAAAGGAAACCAUAACAGUUGAGAGUGAAGACAACCUGUUGCCCCAAGUGAUCUCCGUCAUCAACAAGAGGCAGAAGGAGACUGAAGGCGUGGGUGACGAUGACUUGGUCACCGUGGUUGAGGGGCAACAAACCGCCGAGGGUCAGCAAAAAGACCAUUCUGCCAAGUACCAAAAGGCUUUGAAAGAACUGGAAAAUGCUAAAACUGCUGAAGAGAUUCUUGUGGCAGCCGUUCAUUAUGUCAACAGCAGACAGGAGCAGGAGGUGGCCGAGGGCAACAUUCUGAAGGUGGGUCAGCCAUCAUCAACAGUCAUUUUAGAACUUCAGGGACUACUAAUUAAGAAGACAUCCUCAGACCCUGGCCUCUUAAAGUCACUCUUAAGUGUGCACCUGCGGGAGCUGAUGGCAGUGCUGCAGCAGGCCACGCCCAGCACCUCGGACCUCGACAUGUCACUCUACCAGCUCUUGAACCACCUGACGACCCUCUCCCUCAAUCCGUCGCUGCUGGACCAUCCCCGAAACACCGCCUCAGACAGUAAGCUCCCUCACCAAGGAGGUUCACCAAAAGGAGACCACAAUGAAAAUAGCAAGCUCGAACAUUUCUCAGAAGCCAUUCAGGACAAGAUCAGAAAAAUAAAAAAUAAAUUUGAGCAUGACACAACUGACGAAGAUGGUAGUGAUAGCAAAGACACAGCCUCAUUUCAAACCAAAGAUCUUAAUAGGAAAGAUGAACUAUAAUAAAGCAAUAAUAUUUUCAGAGACCUAUUAAAUUAUUUAAUAUAUAAUAAGUGCAGUAAAGCCUCAUUAGUUUAUAGAUAAGAAGAAUGGAGAGCAUCAUCAAUCUACUCCCAUAGGGUUUGAAUGAUCCAUAAUUUCACUUGUUUUGUGUGGUUAAAUUACUAAGAAAAUACUACCAGGAUCGCUUAGAAAAUAGAAAUGAAUGUGAGUGUUUAAUGAACCACAGGAAAUUUGUUUUAGUAAUGUUUUGAUAUAAUAUGUAACGAUAUAUACAUGCGAAGCCCUUAGCCAGAUUUAAUGUAGCUUUCUUUUUUGUUUUAGUUGUUUGACAAAAUUUGCAAUCUGAUUAUUCAUAAUAAGACUACUGUGUUCACACUAUGUACAACAGGCCUACUCAAUACUCAUAGGAAUACCUCCUUCCAUCCUUGCCAACUUUUCACCCUCCCAGUUCACUAAAAGCUUAUUCUUAGGGCAUGCUGCAGUAUGAUCACUAACCUUGUUGAAGUCUGUAACUGACCCUCAUGAAGCCAGCCUCUGCAUAAAAUGGCAGAUACCAAUAAAUUUAAAACAUGUGGAAGACCAACUGGUCAUUAUGACGUCUAUUUCAUUAUUGCCAAGUUUUCAGAGUUGGCGAAGCCAGGUAUUAGAUGGCAUCAUAAAGUUCUUUGCUAACAUGCCUUUGGAAUUUGGCUCAGAUUUUCAUUGAUCUCUUGAUACUAGGAAAAAGGUUGUGUGCUGAGGUGGCUGUGAUGAAAUUUUUGCUGAAUCCUUGCAGAUCAUUCCGAUACACACACACACACACACACACACACAUGCAAACAAACUCAUACAAACACACAAAAACUUGCAAAACCAACAGGAAAAACUCAAAUAUUAUGAACCUUGGUGUAACAGGAGCCACAGGUGCACCCACAUGCCAUGGUGGUGUGUGUUAAGUACAAACGACAGGAAGUUAUCACUGCUGCAGAUAUUUAGUCUUCCUAUUAUUUAGAGUGCAUCCAGCAUGUGCUUCAGGUCCCAGUGAGUAAGCAUGAAUUAAUGAGGCUUUACUGCAGGUGAACGUUUUUCAUAACUUCCUAGUUGUACAUUUCUAGCAUGAGUACAUAGCAUUUUCAAGAAAGGCAAUCAGUUAAUUGUUACUAAGUAAUUGAUGGAGUACUGUCGGUUUAUCAAUAGUUUCACAGAAUUUAGAGGUUGCUCAGGGGAGCUGCUUGUCACUGUGAUAUUUGACAUUAGUGGAGCAGUUGGGUUAUGUGGGUUGCACAUUUCAUAAUCAUUUAAUGUACUAUUACACAAAGCACUGCUCAUAAAAGCCAUGUAGGUUUUGGCAAUGUCCAAAAGUGAACUGUACAUACCUCAUUCAUAUGAUGUACAUUUGCUAUUGCAAUCCAGAGUGACUGAGAUCAUUCCAAAACCCUUCUCUAAUAGGUAAGUGUAAAGAGUUUGUUGACAGUAGUUUUGGCAACCUAAAAAUAUAACUAUGUAUUUAAUUGUUUUAUUGAACUGUUUUAGUUUCUUCAUUGGUGUAUCAGGAAUUUAAUUCUGUUAAAAAUAAGGAGAAACAGUUAAAUAUAAACGGGCAUGAGAUAAAAGGCCAUUUCGCAAGGAUUUUUUUCUUUUAACUCAUUGCCAGUUUUCUCAAGGAAAGAGAAAUACGUAUAAUUAUUGGGUUUUUAUUUUUCUACCUUCUCUUCAAAAGUGUGAUUCAAGAGUAUAAUAGUGCUAAUGUUGUAUCCUCAGCAUACAAUAUAGUGCUAAUACUGUAUGGUGAGUGACAUGUCGUGUUAUAUGAGUUCUGUUAUGGUGAAACACCUUUGGGUAUCCCUGGCCUGGCUUGCCACAUAACUACUGAGUGUGUCAACAACAUCCAUGCAUCACAAUCUCUCCUCACUUUCAUAUGUCUAGCAUUUUCCCGUGUGAACACCUUCUAGUGAGCCUUGGUGGAAGUCCUCAUCCCUACUCACAGAUUCCUUCCUCAUUCUUGAAUUUCUCCUCUUCCUUAUUGAACUACUCCUCUAACAACCCUCUAACAACAUUUACAUACAUACAUGUACAUGCAUUACCCUCCUUACUUCCUUGUUCAUCCAGUUCUGUUAUUUUGGUAUUUUCCUUAGUCUUUCCUUUAUCACUCCCUUUUAUUAGAUGGCCAUUUCACCGUAACAAAGUAUUGCAAACCUCCAUCCAUAACUAAAAACUUUCUCCUCGGUACAGACCUUUACUUUACAGUCAAGCUCAUGUCAUUAUUCUUAAUGUGUCAUGUAAUAUAUCAUAAACUGUGGGAUUCUCAUCAUAUAUCAUUAUAAUCCCAUUUCCCACACUGACCAUAGUGAAGGCUGUAAAAUUAUAAUUAGAAACAAGAAGAGAAAGACUGCCCAUGGAGGAGGACAUUCACAUAUCUUUAACCUUUACCUUUAACACAUUUACUAAUCACUGAUUGUAAGAGUUGGCUCAUCAGGUUGGCUCAUUCAAGCCUCAGAACAGUCAUCACAUCAAAAACUUCAUUGACUCCUUUGAUGGUCUUUACUCAAGUCAAAUUAAUGACUCCUAUUAGUAUUUCAGUUUAAAAAAAAUUGAAAGGACUUCAUAUGGGAGAAAAGAGUGAAGGUCCAGGGUGGCAGCAGCAAUACAUCCCUGAUACAUGUAUUUUUAUGUCACGCAAAUAACAUUUUUGUUGACAGCGUUUUUCAGGCACUAAGUACGUUAUAAGUACAUUAUUGACGAGAUCAUAAUGUACAUUGAACUCCAAAGUGGAGCAUUAAAGAGGAUUAAAAAAGGCAGCAAGGCACCGUUGAAAAUAACAGCACAGAGAGAGGAUUAAUAAAUAACUCCCUCAUUGCUUCCAGGUUGACUAAUGAAAUGCUUGAAAGACUUUGGGGUCACUAAAUAGAUAUAUUGGUUGACAGAUAAUUUUUCUUGAGGCUUCUCCCUCCCCUACUUUGCCUGUGUUGGAAAUGGGAUUUAGAUGAUUAGCAUAAUGAAUAUAUUCACAUACACAUUGACUCGUAAUAAUAACUAGUGUAGGCGGUGGCUGAGUGGUUAGCGUGCGGGCCCUGCAUUCACCACGUGCUGGACGACACGGGUUCGAAUCCCUACGCUACCACCUGGGAUUUUUCGGUCACCGCUGAGUGGCCUAAGACUACCCACGUGCUGUACUGAAGACCACCAAUCAACCCGGACUCUAGAAGAAACCGUCCAAGUGAAUCAAGAAUGAGUUCCGGGGGGCAGCAUCAGCCAAGAAUAAAUGGCACCACUAUAAAAAUUGCCUGGACCAUAACGGGCUUGGGCUGACCACCAGGCCCCCGGAGAAAGCCUACUGGCGCUAGAGGCGAACAAAAAAUUGUCACCAACUUCAUUCCCUACACUAAACUAAACUUGAGAUUUGCCAAGAGAAAGAUCCCAUGGUACUAGGCAGUGUAGUGGACUGAACACCCACUCCAUGCUUCCCGACGCUGUACAUUUCCACAAGCAUUUUGGUCUUCGGGUCUCCCAAGUGACGUGUCUUAGGGCCAGUUUCACAGCUCGGCAUAGGUGGUUAGCAAGCUCCCAAAUGAAUACUAAAGACUUCAAAAAUUCCCUGUGUGGUGUUUUGUGUUCAUAAGUUGAGAAAUUUGAGGAAACUGUUUAGGAAAGUCUCUUGUGAAUUAGGUGUUGGAUCAAUAAUCUACCUAUUAUGGAUUGUAAAGGAUUGUAUAGUUUAGUUCAGGUGGUAUAAAGACCCCAUGAUGGACUGUGGAAUUAGCUCUUGUGACCUCACCCGGAGAAGAGCGUCAGAUGAAGUGCUGUGCCCUCAACCUUCUUCUUUCCACAUAGGAACACUAAAGGCCACUUGGAGUCAUAACCACAAUCUUUCCUUUACUCUGGUGUCAUAUUUCUAGUAAAUAGGUACACAAUAACAGGUCACUAUGGUCAUAAGUGUCACUAUAAUUGUUUCAAAGCAGGGUUUAAAGUAUAUGAAGGUCACUUAAUUUAUCUUAUAUUUAUUUCUUCCAUACAUGAUGUUCAUACUUAUAUACAUGUUCCUUUGAUAACGAGGUAGUCAUUGUAUUUUUAUUUAAAGUAUCAUGCCGCAAUGUUUAUUGAUAAUAAUCUUACCUACAGACUGACCAGAUAUGAACUCUGUAUAUUCCAAGGCAUCUACCGAACAGUGACGUUACUCUGCACAUCGGUACAUAUUUCUGUGUGUGUGUGAGUGGAAGGGUCGGUGGGUUGUCAUGUGCGUGGUGUCACACUUCUCGAAUUAGCGUCUGUGCUGCUCCAGUCAAAUCCAUCCUGUCACGUUUUGAGUAGUUAUACGCCUCUGAAGAUGUGAUUCUCUGUUCUGGUUGAAUGUCGAGUGUUGUUACUAUCAUUACCAUUAUUGUUAGUUAUUAUUAUUAUUAUCAUCAUCAUGCACCGAACAUUGAUACCUAAAUCCUCCCUUGAUGUAUGUAUCACUAUACUGUAAAAUAAUGAUAUGUAUGUAUUUAUUAGCAUGUUCAUCCACUAUUUAUGAUGAUUUAUAACACCCAGAUAAUGUAGAUACUCUUGGUACUCGUGCACAGUGAUAGAUGAGUUGUGUGGUGUACUCUAUUCUAAUACCUUUUAUUAUUUUAGUGGUUACCUGUAGCUUUCCAUUGCACUUGGUAUUCCCCAAAAAUUGUAUCAACAUUUAGGAACCCAAGUCAGUCAGUCCAUAAAUGUUGGGAAUUGACAAUAAUAGCUUUGAAUAGUGUUGUAAUUAUGGACCUGACUUUUCUUGGUUUAUUUACUACACUCGUCCCUCAAAUAGUACGGUUUCCAAUAGUUCGGUUUCAGUUUUACGUGGAUUUUCAUUGAAGAUUUUUUUAGGAUUUUUGAAUUUCCCAAUGAGCAGGAAGUUUAAAAAUCCUAAAAGGAUCUUCUUUGACAAUCCGUAUAAAACCGAAACCGUACUAUUUGAGGGACGACUGUAGUUUCUUUUUCUUAUUUAUUGCAUGACAGUUUCUGGGUAUAAGCUGUUCACCACCACACACCUUGUAACUUCUCUCAUGGAUCACUGACAUUGCGAUAAUUCUAUGUAGUGACAAACACACACACACACACACAUACACACACUCACACAACUCAUAUAUAUAUAAUGUUUUGUUGUUGCAUUCAGUACAGUUUGCCCCUACACUGAAGAACUGCAUAACUCCCAAUCUAUUUACAUCCAUGUCAUUCCUCACUAUCAAGAUCCCUCUGUAAAUUUUAUACUCUACACAUUAUCAUAAUUUGUUACCUUUAAUUCCAGUAACUUGGAUGUGUUUAUUUGGCAGUCAUGUAGUAGUGGCGGGGAAGGAGCCCAGGGAUCAUACCCAAAAGAGUGUUCAUGAGAAUUUUGAAGUUCGUUGUUGUAGUUAGGUGUGGCAUCCAAUGGUACAAGUUUACGUUUCAAUUAGGAUUCAACCAGAACAUGGGAUCCCGUACGUCGAUGGUGCAGCGGGUGUGCGAAGGGGCACCUGUCCUGUGUGAGGUGAGCACAGGUGUGUUUCUAUUACUCUGUGUAGGGUUACUGUGACUCAUGUUUGUAAUAAAAUAAACAAAAAAGGAGAAGGAA